AACCGAGAUGGCUUCAAGCCAAACAAGAAUACUGUGGUGUGUGGGAUACAUUUUCCUGACGGACAACCUACAAGAGAAAAUCCCUAUCCUGUGUUAUUCAUGGGUUAUGAAUGUCAUACAUUUUAUUUGAUAAGCAGGAUCUGCUUUCAUUGACGUCAUAAGAGGGCACCGGCAAAUGUCACACCGUUACACUUCGCAGGCAUGCAGUAAUGGCGACAGGCAAGAUGGCGGCGCUCAUAGAGUUUGCGGUGGAUUUGUGUAUAGAUUUUCCUAUAACAGCAAUAAAACGUGCAUUAUAAAUAUUGUUUGAAGAUGUUUAGCCUACAUGAACUGUAAUUUGGUGAAAUUCCAGAUAAGUGCAAAAUCACAUGUAAUCUCCUGCACUUAAUUUGUCAACUCUUUCUAUUUAUUUAUUUGCCUCAAAAUGAACAAGAACUGUGUUGGUAUGUUGGUUUUUACAGUGACAUAUGAUUUAUUUCAAUAGGUUUUGAAAGCAUGGGCCGACUGCUCCAAAGCAAGUUGGAACAUCUUGUCUGGACCCCUACAGAACAUACUACAGCCCAUGUCUUGCUGUUUUAGUCACCUCUGUUUUUCUGGUUUUAUGUGUGAUAAUGAAUUAACAGUGUAACCGUGUUCUCCAGGUGUUGAAUGUAAAAAACGGCUAAACUUUUGUUUCCCUGUUCUACGACUUAGUUCAUUAGUUAAUUUCAAUAUUAAACUUUCACAAUAUUACAAUUCAAGUGCAUCAAAUGAUGUUUACAGUCCUACAGAAAUAUCGCUGUCCAUGGUACUGAAUCCAUCAGAUUACUGACAGGUACUCAAAGCUUGACCGCAAACAGAAUGUUUAUUUUGGGUGAAUGUUAAAAGAUUAGUGGCAAAACGAUUUUCAAGAUGGUUAUUUUGCACCUUAUGGUUUUCUUCAAUGACACACCAUCCAGUUUAAUAACUUUCCAAAGGAGGGUCACACCGCUACAAAACAAGUUGCUAAAUAUUUAUUUGACCCUGAAGAACACACUACAUGUCUUUAAUGUACAAUUAUUUGCAAAUUAUAUUACCAUUAAUGUAUUGUUGUUUUUUGAGUUGCAGUUCAAUAACCUUUGAAGAAAGACACUGAUUUAACCAUUAAACAUGGUAAAAUAGUCAUUUUACUUUAAAUAACACACUAAAAGUUUUCUGUGUAUUAUUUGCUUUAUAUGGUCAAUUCUCCCAAUCUGUUGCAUUGGUUUGUUUCUUGAUUGUCACAUUACAUGGUUCAAUAUUUCUAGAUUAAACAGACUAAAAAUAAAUAAUCAGCUGAGUAUCCACGUUAUAAUGGCCUGCUUAAAACAGUGCAAGUAAAAAAAAAUAUGUGUGUGUGUGUGUGUGUGAAUAAAUGUGAAUGAAUGUGUAUUGUUAUCCCAAAUAAUUUUGGGUUGAAAAGGUUCUGAAGGUCUUUAGAAACAAUUUCUUCAGAAAAUUCAGGCCUAUUUAAAGGGUCAUGAAACCCUAAACCAAAAUUUCUGAGAUUUUAACAGAGGUAUGUAUGUUGAAAACCAUUGAAGACUAUGUUAGCAUCUGUUAGAUAUAAUAGUAGGGGGGAAAUGGUUAAAUUUUAGUUUUUAUACGCUAUUUUCGUCUUCCAGGUUUAAAAUCUUCAUCCUGUCCACGUCACAGGCUGUGACGUGGCAGAGCGCGAUAGUACUUUGAUGACUCAUCUGUGUCUAUUAAUUAUUAAUGAGACUGAGUUUUUUAUCCAAUGAGAAGACACUUUCUUAAUUAUUCAUGACACCACGUGGCUCUUUCCAAUGACAGACAUGUCAAGCUAGCUGUAAUAUCGCGCAGUAGAUGAGUGAGGCAAUCAUGGGACGUAAGUGUUUGUUUCCGUGGUGCAAAAGUUCAAAUGGGUUUCAUAUGUUUCCCCGCGAUGCUGCCAGGGCUAGACUCUGGCUGCGGGCGGUUGGUUGGCCAUCAACCACAGACACAUCUAAAUUAUAUGUGUGCAGCAAACAUUUCUCGAGAGAGAGCUUCGAGAAUUGGAGAAUGGUGGACUUUGGCCUUGUUGACUACCAAUGCAAGUUGCGUCUUGCGAUUGAUGCGGUGCCAAGUCCCGAGGACUUUUCUAUCCUUUCAGAGGCCAGCACAUCAAGUGCUUGUAUUCAGCUGCCUCUCUCAAGGGAUGUUUCCUGUCAGACAGACCCCCUGGAAACACAUACUGUAGGCACACAGCUCUCCUUAAAGACUCUGCUGCCCCACUUUAGAAGUGAAGGUGUCCAGGCAAAUGUCUCCUGCAAAGAUUUCGGUGUUGGGAUGUCCAAUGCAGACCAUUUGGGCCUGUCAUCGACACCUGUGAAGAGACCUCGUCUAGACCUCGAUGAACAGCUGGAGGACGAUGCAUUGGAGCACAGCUCUUUAGAGGAAGCUUUAAAGGGACAGGAUUCCACUUCGUUAGACUCUUCACUUAAGUCAGCAGAUUCAUCCACUCCCACCCACAACAGCAAAAAGUUCAUAGUGUACGAGAGCUGCAUCAUGGAGUUGUUUAAUGUAUGUCCAGUCUGCACCCGGGCAUGUGAUGUGAGGACCCAAAGGCUGGGGACAUUCCUGUCUGUGAAGCAGUGGUGUCCCCGCUGCACAUUUACAAGACACUGGAAUAGCCAGCCUGUCAUUGGGAGCGUGCCGUCUGGAAAUCUGCACCUUUCUGCCGCCGUGUAUCUGAGUGGUGCAUCUUUCAUACAAAUCGAAAAGGUCUUCAAGGCAAUGAAGCUACAGUUGUUUAGGUAUGAAACAUUUCAACGCCACGCCAGAGCUUUCAUUGAGCCGGCAGUUAUUCACCACUGGAAAGCCACACAGGAUGUGAAUCUGCAGUCGCUGAGUCAGGAGGAAAAAGUGAUAGUUGGUGGUGACAUGAGAGCUGACUCUCCAGCCCACUCUGCAAAGUACGGCAGUUAUGCAACGAUGGAUCUCCGUACUAACACCGUUGUGGACAUUCAGUUGGUUCAGAGCAACGAGGUUGGUGGUAGCUGCCACAUGGAAAAAGAGGGCCUGAAAAGGAGUCUAGCUUUACUGGAGUCGCGUGGCGUCAAUCUUGAUUGCAUCGUCACUGAUCGCCAUCCACAAGUACAGAAGUUCCUCAGAGAGAGAAACAUAACCCAUUACUACGAUGUCUGGCACAUGGCAAAAGGAAUUUCCAAGAAACUGGAAGCAAUCAGUAAGCAGAAAGACUGUGAGAAACUCAAGAAGUGGAUGAAAAGCAUCAUCAGUCACAUAUACUGGACUGCAGCUAGCUCAACCUCCGAACCACAGAGGAUUGCAAAGUGGACCACGAUCCUGAACCAUGUUCGAGAUGUUCAUACACAUGAGGAUCCUCUUUACCCCAAGUGUGAGCAUGUGAUCCGCAAGACAACUGACAAGAGUAAAUGGCUCCAAGCAGAUACUCUAGCUUUCUACAAGUUGGAGAAGUUGCUGACAAAAAAAAGAACGCUGAAGGAUGUUGCAAAACUGAGCCCCCACCACCAAACUUCAUCUUUAGAGGCUUUCCGUGCCGUCAUCCUUCGUUUUGCCCCAAAGAAUGUUGUCUUUCCCUUUAUUGGGAGGUUGUGUAGACUAUACCUGGCUGCUAUGCAUUAUAAUGAAAAUGCGGACCGACCACAGGCCGAAACGGAGGAAGGUGUACCUCUCUUCAAAAUCUCAUUUCCGAAGUCUAGGAAGGAAGAGUGCAGAGUUAAACCUCAAAAGACACAGCCGACCUUUGGUUAUGUUGCUGACACGAUGGACCUCAUUUUUGAGAAAGUCUUUGUUAACCCUGUGCCAUACACCGAUGCGCUGUUGGCCAUCCCUGUCCCAGAGGACCUGAGUCCCUGAGUUUGAGAAGCUCGAUGAGGAGGAGGUCAUUGCCAGCUUUGUUUUCUGUGGAGAACAGUUUAAACCAUACGUAGUGGCCUUUCUUCAUCAGGAAAUUCACACAAGCUGGAAUAAUGAACCGGAUUCUGCGUCCCAGGAGUCCUCAGCACCAGCUCACAAACAAACGAUAGGAGAGAUAUCUGUAGCCACUGAACAAUUGAUAUUUAGUCUGGCAGAGAUCUAACAUUGUUUGUGUUAUUAUACAAAUAUUACUUUGCUCCUAUGGAUCAUAUUCAAUGCUUGUUUUGUAACAUUUUUCAAGUUUUUAUUUUCUCUUGUUGUAAAUAAAUAUUGACACUGUCUACACUACUGAAUGAAAAUUAGACACAAGGUUGGUUGUUGGAAUAAACAGUCAAGACUCAAAA